UUUAAUGUCAGAGUGGAGGACUAAACUUUGAGCAACAGCGUUAUGGAAGCUCUGCAUCCAGUCCUGGUUGGUGCCCUGCUGACCCUGCUGAUCUGCCUCCCCAGUCCUGGUUUUGGAGAAUCCUACUUUGGAGACAGUUUCUGUCAUCUCCAAGCUGUCCAAGAUGUAUCUACCUUCCAACUGUCUCUACAAAUCAAGACGAGUCGCCGAAGUGGCCUUCUGCUCCUGGCUGCAGGGAUGGAGGACUAUGUGUUCCUUGAGCUCCUAAAUGGGAAAAUACAGGCACGAAUGAACCUGGGGGCUGGUGAAGUUAUACUGUCCUCAUCUCAAGGAGUGCAGAUCAACAACCUUGCACACCACAAAGUGUUGUUAACUUUGCAAGAGGGCCAGCUCACAAUGACAAUUGAUGAUCUCUAUUCUACGUAUAUUCCUGUGGAUGACAAUGGAGAAAAGCUCAACAUUGACCUGGGCAUUUGGCUUGGAGGAACAGGAGACCUAGAUGUUUCCUACCUCAGCAACGCUAUCCCUCCCUUCCGUGGCUGCAUGACGGACAUAAAAUUUGUGUCCCAUCAGUUUGACAUUCUCACCUCAGUAUUUAAGCAGUGCCAUGACACAAAAGAAUCUUGCAGCAGUGAGUUUGAGGCUGGGGAUGGGGAGGCAAUCAGUUUCAGCACUCCUGAUUCCUUUGUGUCCUUUCCAACAUGGAGUGGGGCUGCUGGUGCUCCAAGGACUUUGGAGUUUCUAAUGAAAACAACCAUAGAGGAUGCUUUACUUGUUUUUCACCAUGGCCAAGAAUCAGACUUCAUUGCUAUCGGUGUUGCAAAAGGCUAUCUUAAAGGUAUACUGGACCUUGGAGGUGGUAUGGAGGAACUGGAUAAUACACAGGUACAGCUGGAUGAUGACCAAUGGCACAGAGUUAAGGUUCAGCUCAACCCAGACUCUUUUAUUCUUAAUAUAGACAGCCAGUCAUCCUCCCUUCCUCUUGACUCAUCAAAAAAAUUGGAUUUGGUAGGAAACUUGUACAUUGGAGGCAUCCAGGGAAAAAUGAAAGAAGUCUUUCGUAACAGCGGGUCCUUAAAUCGUUUUGAGGAAGACAUGACAUCGGAAUCUUUCAUUGGAUGCUUGGGAGAAAUCAAAGUAAAUCAGAGGGAUAGAAGCCUGCAGGACGCUUUGGUGACCAAAGAUGUUCAUAUUAAAUGUGAAGGAGAAGACUAUGACUACCCAACUUAUGAUGAAGGAUCAACAACUUCCCCACCUGUUCCCACUGACUCAAAUUUAAAUGUUCAGUAUUGUUAUCCAAAAGACAACUGGCCUGAGUUAUUCAAAAAUGUUACCAAAUUUCUUGACAUCACCCCUUUGCGUGUACCAGAAGGUGGAGAGGUUUUUUUUGAUAUUCACAACUUAAAACCUACAUUUGACUUGGGUUCUGCUGGAAUGCGUCAGUCUCAAGUUGUAUUUACACUCGAGGAUGAUCCCUGGUAUGGCCUGAUCGAUAUUAACGUUAGUAGAAGACACAUGAGAAAGUUUACCCUUCUAGAUGUUGCCAACAAGAAAAUUAAGUACAUGCAUGAUGGAAAUGAAAGACAUGAAGACCAAAUUCAGCUUGAGGUCAUUGCUCAGAGUAAUGGCUACCUUCCAGAGUGUUUCAAAACUACUCAAAAGUAUACACUUCCUGUUGUAGUUCUUCCAGCCAAAGAUCCACCGAUCAGUGGAAAUGAAAUUCUCAUUGUGGAAAAGGGCAGGACACGCAUUAGUUCCAGUCUUAAACUCAUGGAUUCUGACUUUAGCUGUGAGCAGUCAGUAGUGACAGUGACCCUGGAGCCUUCCAUGGAUUUUGGUUACUUAGAAAAUGAUAAGCAACCAGGAAGAAGCAUCUCAGAGUUCACUUGCAGGGAGCUGAGAGAUGGGAAUAUCUAUUUUGUACACAGAGAAGGUGGCAGUGGAGAAAUCACUGUUAAAGUAUCUGAGGGUCAGUCACUAAUCCAGUCCAUCACAUUCAACUUGUUGGUGACAAAACCACAUAUGGUUUUAAACAGCAUCUCUGGCCUUACUUUGUUCCAAGGAGGCAAUGCAUCUAUAAGUGUUCAGAAUCUGGCUAUUCUUGCUCAUCCUCGUGAUGGAGACAUUAUGUAUAACAUCACACAACCGCCAAGGUUUGGUGAAUUGAAAAUCAAGACAAGCAAUGGUGUGUACAAGCAAGUUAUGAGUUUCUACCAGUCUCAUUUAGAGCAAGAGCUAAUUAGAUACUUCAGCUCAGACCCAAGUAACCAGGAAGAAGCUGUGAUUGAUGAAUUUCUGUUUGAUGCCCAUCUAGGCCAGUUUUCUCUUUCUAAUUACAGUCUUGAUGUCAUUAUUUUCCCUGCACCAGUGAAGGUUUCAAACUUGGAAACACUGGAGUUCUGGCCUGGCAAGAAACAAGCUAUUGGGCUUCAGGCAGAAGUAUUGAAUAAACACUUAGAUCCGCAAACAAUUAAAUACAUCCUUGUCAAAGCUCCAGCACUUGGUAGUCUCCAGCUGUCAGACAAAGAACUGGCUGAGGGUGACAUGUUCACCCAAAAGGACAUUUUGGACAAUGCCGUCAGUUACAACAUCAGGAUGCCAGUGGCUGUGGAUAGUUUGGACCAGUUUCAGUUCAAAGUUUUUGCUGAAGACCAGUAUUCUCCCUUAUAUACCUUGCCCAUUAGCAUUUUUGCAAGUUCAGGUGAAUAUAUGUUGACUAAUAAAGAGCUGGUAGUUUUGCAAGGUGCUGAGCAGAUUUUGAACAAAAACUACCUUUGGGUGCAGUCUCCAAGUUCCACUGAUUUUUUAUUUCAGGUCAGACAAGGACCAAAGCAUGGACGACUCAUAAGAGAUUCCCCACCUGGAGAACCUAGAUUUGAUGAGGCCAUUAGGGUUUUUAGUAAUGAAGAUCUCCAGCUUAACAGAUUAAUAUACAAGCAUGAUGGCUCCAAGACAAGCAGUGAUGAAUUCAGUUUCUUAGCAAAUGAUCAAAGUUCAGACGUUUCAGAAACAGUGACUGCUGUCUUCAGAAUACUGAUCCAGUCCAAAAAUGAGCAUGCUCCUGUGAGAAUAGUGGAUAAAGUCUUCAAUGUUGUCCGCCACAGUCAGCGCCUGCUCACAACUGAUGUCAUUAAGUUUAAAGACGAUGACUCAGGUUUUAAUGACACUCAGAUUGUCUACGCUCGAGAGGGAAUCCUUUCAGGAAGUAUCGUCUCAGCGUCGAAUCCACAUCAGCCCCUUUUCCGUUUCACUCAAGCUGACCUGAGAGACAAGAAAAUCCUUUUCAUUCACCAUGGAGCAGACCGGGAACGGUUUCCAUUACAGGUGUCAGACGGCUUUCAUAAAACCACUUCACUGCUUGAGAUUCAGGCCAGUGAGCCCUACCUGCGAGUGGUUAAUAACUCAAUUAUCAAUAUUGACCACGGAAGCACCAAGACUUUUGACACCAGCCUGUUGAGUGCCGACUCCAACAUGGACAUCAGAGAUGACAGUGAGAUCAAGUUCCAGAUUACUUUGCUACCUAGUAGUGGCAGGAUCAUUGUGAGUGGGAUAAAAGCUUUUGAAUUCACCCAGGAGGACUUGAAAAAAGGUGUUGUGUCAUAUGAGUCCAGCUAUGAGAGUCUAAGGUCCAAAGACUCAUUUAGCUUCACUGUCCAAGCAAAAGGUCAUUCUGUGGAAGGUGUGGUCAAGAUUAAAAUACUCAAGCAAAAUGAUCUCCCUGAGCCAGAGGUGAUAACCAAUGAGGUCAUCAUUUCUUAUGAGGGAGAGCACACAAUAAUCAGCCAAAAUCAUCUCAAGGUGAAUGAAGAAGACCUUCUGCCCUCAGAAAUAAUGUUCACAGUGAAAACGCCUCCCCGGCUCGGUCAUGUGGUCAUGCUGAAAAACAGUUCAGAUGACACGGCGUCGCCUGUCCUCGACUACAUUCACUCCUUUUCUCAGGAGGACAUUGAUCAGGAACACAUCCUUUAUGUGUCUUCAUCUAUUCAGGGCUAUGACUCCUUCACAGUGGAUGUCAGUAAUGGUUAUAACACACUGGAGGACCUGCACAUCGACGUGAACAUCGUGCCCCGCUUUAUUCCCAUCCAGGCUUUCAACUUUUCAGUGAAAGAAGGUCUAAGCAGAGCAAUAAAUGAAGAGAUUGUCAACAUCUCGCAUCCUUUCUACAGCUUAGCAAACAUCGACUUCUCUGUGGACGAGCCGCCACGACACGGUGAACUCCGCAACCUGAAUGGGGACGAAGUCACUUACUUUCCCUGGGACGAGGUGAAACUCGGGCAGAUCGUCUACAUGCAUGACAGCUCCGAGACCACCGAGGACCGUUUCACACUCUCUGCCUCAGCUUAUGAGAUUGAACGCCGCAGUCAUCCUGUCACCAUCUCCAUUACCGUCAUACCGGUGAACGAUGAGGCGCCGAAAGUGACACGCAACACGGGCCUGGAGGUUCUUGCCGGUGAAGAAGCAGACAUCAUGUCCAGCAUGCUGAGCACAGAGGACGCUGAUACCCCUGCAGAAGAGCUGGUUUACCAUGUUGAAAUGUUGACCAGUGGGAUGGUGGCGUUAAAAGAAGAGCCCGAGGAGAGCGUUCUGAACUUCACACAGGCUCACGUAAACAAAGGGGAGGUCAUCUUCAUUCAUGAAGGUGAAGAGUCAGGAGGUUUCAGUUUCACUGUGACAGAUGGAGAGCACACAUCACCUCUGUACAGGUUUGGUGUCACGGCCAGACCCCUGACCAUCACCAUGGUCACAAAGAAGGAGCUCCUGGUGUUUCCAGGAACACGGCAGCUCAUCACAAGAGCCAAUCUUGGAGCUAAAACCAAUGAGGAUGGAAAUGAGAUCAACUUCCUGCUCGUCCGUGCCCCCCGCUUUGGAAGACUCUUGGUAGCCAACAAGAACCAGUAUGAGGAAAUUAACCAGUUUUCACAGUCACAGCUGGAGUCUGGAUUAGUCUACUAUGAGCACCAGCUACCCACAGAUCCUUUCUGGGUGGUGAAAGACUCCAUGGAGUUCACUCUGUCAUCCCAACCAGCUCCAGACGUCCGACACGUCUUGCCCAUCACAGUCUCUUAUGACGCUGCUCACAGCAGCAACUCCUCACAGCUGUGGAGAAACAAGGGUCUGGAAAUUGUGCGAGGCCAGAGCAAAACAAUCGACAGUUCAAUUCUUGAUGCCUCCAAUCUUCUGGCGAGCGUGCCUGAAGCUAAGCGAGCCAACAUGGAUGUGGUUUUUGAGAUUAAGCGCUCUCCCAAUCAUGGUCGGAUCACUCUGAGUGGUGAGGACCUGCCUCAAAAUGUACCUACAUUCAUGCAGCAAGAUGUCAUUGAAGGAAAGCUGGACUACCUCCAUGAUGAUUCAAGGGCUGCCUCUGACAGCUUUUCCUUCAGGGCCAGGGUAAAAUCUAAGGGUCCUGGUGGGUCUUCUCCUGCUGAAUCUGUUAUUUUAGAGGAGGUCUUCCAUAUUUCUAUCAAACAGCGAGGUUCUGACCCCCCUGAACUAGUCGCAACAGAUAUGCUCCUGGAGGUUCUCCAAGGCACCAUGAAAGUCUUGACUAAGAAUCAACUCAACACUCAUGACAAAGACAGCCCACCAGAUGAGAUCAACUUCAUAGUGACCAAAGCACCUGGCAAUGGGAAGCUGGUUAACUGUAUCACACUGGAAUCCAUCUCUCACUUCACACAAGAGAUGAUCAAUCAUGGGGAGGUAUGCUUCAGAAGCGAUGGCAGCCUUAAUGAAGGCUUUUUGGACUUCAUUGUAUCAGAUGGCGAACUUCAAACAGAGCCAUUCACUCUACACAUUGGCAUCCUAUCUCAAAAACUGCUUCUUGACAAAGUCUCUGAGAUUAAGGUUAAGCAGGGUGAUGAUCAGACUCUUGUGACAGAAAAGAUGUUGAAUGUUACAACCGGGGGCCCGGCUGAGGUGGACAUCCUUUACAAAAUCACCAGCGUUCCCAAGUAUGCGGCUAUCAUGGUGGACCGGCAGCCCACAUCUGCCUUUACACAGAAACAGAUCAAAGAAGGCAGAGUCAGCGUUCGCUUUGUCAAGUCCACAUCACCUCGAGACAGCAUUUCAUUUACGGCCCGUAGUCAGGCUGCUAAUGUUUCCUCUGUCCUUAACAUCACUGUACAGCCUUUGGCCAAGAUUGCUCAGGAUCCUCUGUUACCUCAGGGUACAAUCGUCCAGGUAGACAGAAGGCUUCUGGAUGCUACUCCUUUGGCCGACAAGACUAGAAGUUCCCCUACAUUUACAAUCACCCAGCAGCCAAAGGGCGCUCGUUUUUUGACUAAUUGGGGUACUGGUGCAGGUCAACCGGUGGACUCAUUCAGUCAGAAGGAUUUGAAUGAAGGCCGUGUUGUGAUGGACAUUUCAGAUGGUGCCUCUGGAUCACAAAGUGGGGGUACUAAGGAUGAGGCUCGCUUCCUGCUCAAAGCCCACGGAGUGCCUCCAGCAGAAUGUGUGCUUUCCUUUCACACAGGCCCUUACAAUGCAUCUGGGGUUUACCCUGCCACUUUAUUAAGGACUCCCAACAGUAAGGACCUCUCAGGUAAGGAUGGGUCCCUUGGAGACCACCUCACCACUGCAUCUCCUGGCUCCAGCUCCCAGGGGAACCCACACGUUUCCCGCCACAGCAACUUUUGGUCUAUUUUCAUCCCCAUCCUGGUGGUCCUCCUUCUCUUACUUCUGGCAGCCAUCUUGGCCUACUACCUGAUCCGUAAAAACAAGACGGGCAAACACGAUGUUCAGACAGCGGUAUUCAAGCCCAAAAAUGGAGAGGUGGCCACCACAGAGACCUUUCGCAAAACUGACCCAGCAAAUAACAUUCCCAUGACCAACGUGGACUCCAAAGAUGCUGACCCAGAGUUGUUGCAGCACUGUCGGACAACAAACCCGGCCUUGAAAAAAAAUCAGUAUUGGGUUUGAGGCACUUUUACAUAAAGCUAAAAGGAAGGUUUAUUCUCAUGCUUUGGAAGUCUCCUUAUAUCAUUCCUCUCAGUAUUAAGGACUGUUUGCCACAGCAGAUCAAAUGAAACUCAAUGCUGAUGUCAUAUCAGUAGAACUGUGGACACAUUCUCAGGCAAGAAAACACUGAAGUUAUUGACAAAGAAAGAAGCAGUACCUUAUCCUAGGCGGCCAUGGCUAUUUAUUUUGGAUUUAUCAUUCCUCAUUGUCAGAGGGCACAAAUGAAGACAUGAACAUGCUACAUGUUUGCAAAAAAGUAUUUUUAAUGUGCUCUGUCAUUGUAUUCAGUAUGGUAUUAUGGGUUAAUAUUAAUCACUUGAGUUUUUAGGAAAUUAAAAAUAUGCUGUAUUUUUUGA